AUGUAUUGUGCGACAUGUGACGUAGAUAUAGAGGAAAAUAAAAAUGUGAGAGUAAUACAGGUCGCAAGCAUAAGCACCCUGGCAGGCCGCCGCUCGACUCGUAAAAUGUUAACUGCUAUUCUGUCACUGAGAAAUACCCAAGAAGAAGAGCCUCCAGAUCCCCAACUGAUGAGGUUAGACAACAUGUUGAUAGCUGAGGGCGUUGCUGGACCAGAAAAAGGCGGCGGUGCUGGAGCUGCAGCAUCUGCGUCAGCAGCCUCGGCAGCUGGACCACCAGGACAACCUGACAACGCUAUUGAACACUCUGAUUACCGUGCUAAGCUUGCCCAAAUCAGACAAAUUUACCACCAGGAGCUCGAGAAAUACGAGCAGGCGUGUAACGAGUUCACUACGCACGUAAUGAAUCUUCUGAGAGAACAAAGUCGUACCAGGCCGAUUACACCCAAGGAAAUUGAAAGAAUGGUGCAAAUAAUUCACAAAAAGUUUUCGAGUAUCCAAAUGCAGCUUAAACAAUCUACCUGUGAAGCUGUUAUGAUCCUCAGAAGUCGAUUCCUUGAUGCCAGACGUAAAAGACGGAACUUCACAGCUUUUGCAGGAGCGUCGCCGUACAGCAUGGGCGGCGCCAGUCAGGGUACAUCCACGCCGAUGAUGUCUCCGGCGCCACCGGGUGGUCCUCAGGACAUGGCAGGAUACGGCAUGGGAAUUAACGGAAGCGACUAUGGUUCACAACCCUACAAUGACGGAUCCAUGGGAUAUGAUCCAAUGCAUCAGGGCAAGGGAUUGGCUGCGGGGGCUGGAUGGAUGCACCGUGAGGCCAUGCCGGAGUUUCCGCCGCUCCACGAUUCAGCGGAUUCCGAUUCUGAUUCUCGAGAGAACGAAAAACGACCACGGGUUUAG